AUAGCGAGCCAAUCUCUUAAGAAAGGGGAAGAUGAGGUGGUUUCCGCCAAAAUAUCCCACAAUCUUAUCCCCAAUGUGGACUCCGCUCCUCCUCCUCCUCCUCUAUUUCGCCGCCGCUGAUCAUGGCGGAGCCACCAUCAUCUCCGUUACCGAUCACGGAGCCGUGGGCGACGGCAGGUGCUACGAUACGGUGGCGAUCCAGGCGGCGAUCGACGCGUGCGCAGGGGCGGGGGGCGGGCGCGUGCGGUUCCCCGCGGGCGGGGACUACCUGACCGCUACGGUGUGGCUGCGAACAGGUGUGGUGCUGGAGGUGGAGGCCGGGGCGCGGAUCCUCGGAGGGAGGCGGCAGUGCGACUACCCGGCCGACCCGGCGCGAUGGUAUGUAGUGGUGGCGGAGGGGGUGCAGCGAGUGGGGAUCACCGGCGGCGGGGAGAUCAACGGGCAGGGCGAGGCGUUCGUGGUGCGGCGGGACCCGCGGAAGAAUGUGAUGGUGAGCUGGAACGCCACCGGAUCGUGCCGCGGCGACGAGUGCCGCCCGCGCCUUGUCGGCUUCAUCGACUCCGUCGAUGUCGUCGUCUCUGACGUCACCCUCAACCAGACCGCGUACUGGUGUUUACAUUUGGUGAGGUGCGAUCACACAUUUAUCCGCAAUGUCUCGAUUUAUGGAGACUUCGACUCGCCCAACAACGACGGGAUCGAUAUCGAGGACUCCAACAACACCUUCAUCACGAAUUGCCAUAUCGACACAGGGGACGAUGCCAUAUGCCCCAAGUCCUCCACGGGACCUGUGCACAACUUAAUAGUCACGGACUGCUGGAUUCGGACCAAGUCAUCUGCGAUCAAGCUUGGAAGCGCGAGCUGGUUUGACUUCCGGAGAUUGUUGUUCCACAACAUCACCAUCGUGGAUUCGCAUAGAGGACUCGCAAUGCAGAUUCGAGAUGGAGGCAAUGUGAGUGACGUCGUGUUCUCCAACAUCAGAAUAAGCACGAAAUACUACGAUCCUUCAUGGUGGGGAAGAGCAGAGCCAAUUUAUAUCACAACCUGCCCGAGAGAUCCGGGUUCUAAGACCGGAUCCAUUUCAGACGUUCUCUUCAUGAACAUCUCAGCCGUGUCGGAGAACGGAGUGUUCUUAUCGGGUUCACCGGGAGGACUCAUCAGCAACCUCAAGUUCAAAGAUAUCAAUCUGACGUACAAACGGAGGACGAAAUAUCCCAGUAACUUGUACGAUUACCGGCCGGGGUGCAGGGGCAUGGUGAAGCACCAGACGGCGGGGAUGACGUUGGAGCACAUCUCAGGACUGGAGAUGGAGAAUGUGAAGAUGAGGUGGCAUCGGAGCAACGUCAAAGGGUGGAAUAAUCCUCUUUCGAUCACACCUUCCACCGUAAACAAACUAUCUUUCAAGGAAUGGGCCUCUGAGAUCUGUUAGCAAUUUAUUGGUCAUCGUUCAUCGUUC